AUGUCUAUGGCAAUGAGUUUUUAUGUUGGCGAAAUAUACUCCGUGGAAGGCCUUCUAGUCACUGAUGAUGACUCACUCGAAAGCGGACUUCCGGCAGCCAACGAUUGGGACUUUGUCAGCUCACUCCAUGAAGACUUUAACACCUCCUUCGGUGUAAGCUGUAGUCAGUUUUCGGGCGGCCAACGGCAACGCAUCGCGAUCGCACGGGCAAUUACCCGCAACUCAAGCGUUCUUCUCUUAAAUGAAGCUACGAGGGCGCUUGACACAGACUCCGAAAGAAUCGUUCAAGCAGCACUCAUGGAAGCAGCAGGUCCAGAGGAAUGGAUUAUCAUUUCAGUACCACAACGUAUUCAACACUUCGACAGGCCAAGUGUACCAUGGUCUUUUAUGACGGACAAAAUAUCAAGGCGGGACCUCAUGAUGGGCUCGUUGCUCAAGGAGAUAUGUACAAGGCUAUGUGCGAGACACAAAGUAUAG